GAUCACAAUGUCUUUUUAAAUUUCACAUCCUCAUUUCUACUUCAUUUCAAUUUUCAUUCUGAUUUCCGAGUUUUCAAUCAGCAAUUAAUUGCUUUACUUGUAUGUUUUGUAUUGAUUGCAUGUACGUGGUAAUUUGUUUUGAUAUGUUUGUUUGGACCUCAAUGAAGUGUUUUGCGGGGAUCAGCUGAAAUCUUGAACUUUAAUUUUGAAAAUUUUAAUGAAUUUCACUUUUAAAAAAUAAAAUAAAAUUAUCGAUUUUUUUUAUUAUUUCAGUUUACAAUUGUGUAUUUGAAAUAUUUGAUGAGUCCAAAUCACGAUGCUUUUGCACGGUUAAGUUUCUGGAUUCAGAGCGGUGGGUAGAGAAUUUUGUUUUGUUUUUUUUCUCCCAGCUUUGAGAGUUUGUGCCCUUUCUUUAAAUAAUGGGUUUGGAGCUUUAGCCACUAAAAAAAUGGUAUACUUGUGCUUUAUUAAUGACAAUCUUUUGGGGAACAAUGCAAUUGAUGGAUCGAAUAGUAAACUUUAUUGGGUGAUUAAGGGAUUGAUUCAAUCAUGGCUCCUACAAGAAAAUCUAGAAGUGUGAAUAAGCAUUUUUCUUAUGUUAAUGAGGUUUCUCCUAGUAAAGAUGGGGAGGAUUCUAAGAAAAGCAUGCAACGGAAGAGAAAGCUGUCUGACAUGUUAGGGUCACAAUGGAGCAAGGACGAGCUGGAGUGUUUUUAUGAAGCGUAUCGCAAACAUGGGAAGGAUUGGAAAAAGGUGGCUGCUGUUCUGAGGAACAGAUCUGUGUCAAUGGUGGAGGCCCUUUACACCAUGAAUAGGGAAGGAAGUGACAGUGACCAAGAAAGCAAUGAUGCUACAGUGACAUCCAGAAAACCUCAAAAGCGUGCUCGAGGUAACACUUCUAAAGGAUCUGAUGGGCUCUUUCUUUUGCGUUCCCAGCCGGUUGCAUCAAGUUCUGGUUGUCUGUCAUUGUUGAAGAAGAGGCGCUCUGGUGGAACUCGACCUCGUGCUGUGGGGAAAAGGACACCACGCUUCCCUAUUUCCUAUUCUUACGAGAAAAUUAACGGGGAAAAGUUUUUCUCUCCAACUAGGCGAGGCUUGAAACUAAAGGUGGAUGCUAACGAUGAUGAUGUUGCUCAUGAGGUAGCAUUAGCACUGGCAGAGGCUUCACAGAGAGGUGGUUCUCCCCAAGUUUCUCAAACACCAAACAGAAGAACAGAUACUGUUAUGUUGUCACCGAUUUGGAGUGGUGAAAGGAUGCGUGCUGAAUUAGAAUUGACCAGUGCCAAGCUCGGCAGUGAAAGGGAUGAAGAUGGUUUUGAAGGAAGCUUAGGAAGCAUGGAAGCUGACAAUGGAGAUUUUGCUAGGGAGAGAAAUUUUUUGAUGAAAACUGAAGUUGUUGGUACUGCAGAAGCUAGAAAGGGAAGAAAGCUUCAUGGAAAGAAGUUAGGAGUUGAUAAUAGUGGUAACCAUAAUUUAGAUGACACUAAGGAAGCCUGUAGUGGGACAGAAGGACAAAAUAUUAGUUCUGUUAGAGAAAAGCUUGAAUUUGAGGUUACAGAUGGAAAAGUUGCACGGUCCUCUUCUCAAGUUUCAAGGAAGAAAAGUAAAAAGUUUCUUUUCAAAAAAGAUGAAGGGUCUGCCUUCGAUGCCUUGCAAACCCUGGCUGAUUUGUCAUUGAUGAUGCCAACAACAGCAACUGAAAAUGAGUCAUCAGUACCAGUCAAAGAAGAAGAUGAGGGUCUUGUUGACAAGUAUGGGUUCCUGGAAACUGUGCCUACAACCCGUCAAAGGGACAAGCCUAAAUCCUCAGGAGUUAAAGUGAAAGGGAAAUUGAGAUUUGAAGCCACUUCCCUUAAAACAUCAAAGCUUGGAAAAGUUUCAGUUUUUAAUGUUAGUGCUAUUCCUGAAGCAAAGGACGAUCCUGAACAGUCUACUACUAAAACUUCAAGAAAGAAACCCAAGUUGUUGGGAUCUAAAAUUUCAAAAACCGGAACUCAUAUUGGUAAUCAACCAAAUGAAUCUCAGGAAAAUGAGAUUAGAGAUGCAGGAAAGAAGUUAAUGAGCAAGGGUAAACGCUCUUCUUAUAAUAAUUCACAGCAUAAACAAGGAAAAUUGGUUAGACAUCCAGAGAAUUCUGCUUUAAAUAAUUAUCCUAGAGGGGAAAAGGACGAUCCAGCUCCAUCAACUGUACAGAUUCCCAUUGCAAACCAGGUUAACUUACAUACCAAAGUUAGGAGCAGGCGUAAGAUGGAGCUACAGAAACCACAGAACCUGAGAGAUUUAAAGUUCUCUGACAACCUUGUAGAUGAACAACAUAAUUUGCCAAUUCCUUCAAUUCAUGAUGGAGCAUCCAAUCUUAAGGAGAAGCUUUCUAAUUGCCUAUCAAAUCAUCGGGCAAGGAGAUGGUGUGCUUUCGAGUGGUUCUACAGUGCUGUUGAUUACCCAUGGUUUGCUAAAAGGGAGUUUGUGGAGUACUUGAAUCAUGUUGGAUUGGGCCAUGUUCCAAGAUUAACUCGUGUUGAAUGGGGUGUCAUAAGAAGUUCCCUUGGCAAACCACGGAGGUUCUCCAAGCAAUUUUUGAGGGAAGAAAAGGAGAAGCUUAAUCAAUACCGUGAAUCUGUUAGAACGCACUAUACUGAACUUCGCACAGGUACCAGAGAAGGACUUCCGGCAGAUCUUGUGAGGCCUUUAUCAGUUGGCCAACGUGUUAUAGCCAUUCAUCCAAGAACAAGACAGAUUCAUGAUGGAAAUAUAUUGACGGUUGAUCAUACCAGGUGCCGUGUUCAGUUUGACCAACCAGAGCUAGGGGUUGAAUUUGUCCAGGAUAUUGAUUGCAUGCCUUUAAAACCGUCAGAGACUAUGCCCACAUUGUUGGAAAGAAACACAGUGGCCAUUGAUAAAUUCUUUGAGAACUUCAGUGAGCUAAAAAUGAAUGGGCAGGCCAAGGAUCAGAAACCAGCAGGGAAUGUGAAAUUUUCUCCUGGUGAAAACCUGGAACAUCUUGAUGUUCCUUCUCACAUGUCUCCAGCAACUUAUUCAUUGAGUAACAUGUUAAAGCAGGCUAAGGGGGUUCCUACAAAUUUUAAUUCACAAGCUAAAAUUGGAUCCAAAGAAACUGCCAACAAUCAGGAAGCGGCAAACUCUCAGUCUUCUACUCUGGCACAGAUCCAGGCAAAGGAAGCUGAUGUGCAAGCUCUUGCUGAGCUGACUCGUGUUCUUGAUAAAAAGGAAGCUGUGGUGUCUGAAUUGAGGCACAUGAAUGAUGAUGUGUUAGAAAACCAAAGGGAUGGUGACAAUGAUUUAAAGGACUCAGAGCCUUUUAAGAAGCAAUAUGCUGCUGUACUUGUACAGUUAAAUGAAGUAAAUGAGCAGGUUUCUUCUGCUCUUUGUUGCUUGAGGCAACGCAACACCUACCUAGAAAACUCUCCAUUUACAUGGUCAAGGUCCAACGCCAAUUUAGGGGACUCUGGUGGCUCCUUGAGUUCAUUGGAUCAGUCUGCAAAUCAUAUGCAGGAAUCAGAAUCUCAUGUCCAUGAAAUUGUUGAAAGCUCUAGAAUAAAAGCUCGAACAGUGGUAGAUGCAGCUAUGCAGGCAAUGUCAUCAUUGAAAGGAGGUAGAAAUACCGUUGAGAGGAUUGAGGAGGCUAUUGAUUAUGUGAGUAAUCAACUUUCAUUGGAUGAUCCUUGCAUGAUGCCCAUGAGACCUUCUACCCCUGCCGAUCCAAUUCAUGGCGGUUUGGCUUCUCAGGAUCAGUUGACUUCCUGCACAUUGAGUUCAUUACAUGCACCUGAACUUAAGUUGAAGACCGAGGCAGACAGAAAUGAAGCACAGAUCCCAUCGGAACUUAUCAGUCACUGUGUAUCUACUUUAUUCAUGAUUCAGAAAUGUACGGAACGACAGUUUCCACCUGCCGAUGUGGCCCGGAUGCUCGAUUCUGCUGUCACUGGUUUGCAACCAUGCUGCUCGCAGAACCGUCCGAUCUAUGCUGAGAUACAAAAGUGCAUGGGAAUCAUCAGGAACCAAAUAUUGGCCCUCGUACCCACCUAGUCUCUUUCCUGUUGAAUCCUCACAUCUUUGUGUAUAUUUGUAAACGCAGAGAGUAAAGAUGGUAUUUGUAUAAGCUCUCAGAUUUUCCUCACAUCUAUGUAUAUUUGCAAAUGUAGAGAGUAAAGAUGGUAUUUGUAUAAGCUCUCAGAUUUUGAACUUGUUAAAAUAGUUUCAUGAUUUUUUUUUUAAAAUUAUUUAUUUCCCUUUGAUUUGAAUAGGCAUCAAUACAUUGGAAUGUAACUUUGUAAAAUCUUUUUUC